UCUUUAUCUAGUCAGUGUCAUCAUGACUCUGUUAUGGAUCACACUCUUUAUUCUUCAUCAAGGAUAUGCCUUAGUUCCUGUGGUCACUGUUCAGCUUGGCGAACCUGUAACUUUUACCUGUGCGGCUAUGGAGAAACUUAUGACCUCAGCAUGGAUUCACUGGUACAAGCAAACUUCUGGAGAUACUCUGAAAAUGAUUGUAUUACAAAGAAAAAACCAAGAUCCCACUUUUAGCCCAGAAUUCCCUUCUUCAAGAUUCAGAAUAACAAAUGAUGAUAAAAUAAGCAACCUCACCAUUCUGAGGACAUUUGAACAAGACGAGGGAUUGUAUCACUGUGCUAUUAUGGACUGGGCAGAGUCUACUUGGAUGGGGACGUAUUUGAUGGUAAAAGGAAACUCAAAGAAGACAUCCAGCUACACUGUUGUUCAGCAGUCAACAGCCUCAGAGUCGUCACGUCCAGAAGACUCAGAGACUCUGCAGUGUUCAGUUCUCUCUGAGUCAGAGAACAAUUCAUGUUCAGAAGAUCUCAGCAUGUUCUGGUUCAAAGCUGGAUCCAACAGACCCUAUCCAAAUAUCAUCUACACUGAUAGUAAAAGAGCUGAUAACUGUGAGAAAAGUCCAAACACCGGAAAAAAAUGUAUCUAUAACUUCCCCAAGAACAUCAGCUCCUCUGAUCCUGCGACUUACUACUGUGCUGUGGCUACAUGUGGAGAAAUCUUAUUAGGAAAUGUAAUCAGAAAGGAAGGAGGUCAAAGAUUUUGUUUUGAAAAUAUGAUUCUGUUGAUCACAAUAAUCGUUUUGGCUGUUUCUGUGAUCGUACAUAUGAUUUUGAUCUUUUAUCGAACUCAAGCUUUUGCAUGUCAAAUAGUCAAACAAAGCGCCUCAGAAGCAGAACGCAACAAUUUGAACCAACAGAGAGAUGAAAUUCUUGAUGAAGGACAAGAUCUGGUUUACUCUGCAUUACAUUUUUCUGGAGGGAACAUACCUAGAGGAACAAAGAAGAGGGCAUUGAAGACUGAAGAAAUGGUGUAUUCAGAAGUCAGACCAUCGGGUUGAAUGAAUGUUGAGAGGAAACCUGUACUCUUUCUAAAAAAGUAGUCUUUCCUUUUUAUAUAUAUAUAUAUAUUUUUAAAUAUUGUUACAUGUGUGCCAUUGCAAAACAAGAACCAAAUCUAUACAGGGCCAUUUUCAGUUUUUUAUAGAUCCUGAAAGAAAAGAGUCUUCAAUGAUGUCAAACUUAGGAAAACUAAAGAAGAGCAUUUCAAGGUAAAUGAGGAUUAGGGAGAAAACAAGCUUUUAAGAUUCUUUAAAUUGAGACUGGAAGCCAGGUGGUUGUAACAAAAGUUUUUAUUUUUAACACAUUUACAUACAUUACGUCACUUAUCAAGAGAGGCUUUAUUGUUCAACUAAGUGCACUGUUUUUAUAUGUAAAGAUAAUU